CAGCAGCACAAACAUGCAAGAUAUCUUCAGUCUCCUUGUCGCCUGCUGCUGCGCAACAGCAGCAGCAACAGCAGCACAAACAUGCAAGAUAUCUUCAGUCUCCUUGUCGCAGCUCUGCUGCAACAGCAGCAGCUGCUGCUGCUGCAGCAGAUGCUGCUGCAGCAGAAGCAGCAGCAGCGUCGCAGCAGCUCAGCUCCUCCACCGACCCCUCAAGCCUUCCCUCUGAUACUGAGAGUCUUAGUACUAGCGACCCCCAGCAGCAGCAGCAGCAGCAGCAGCAGCAGCAGCAACAGCAGCAGCAGCGGGGAGAUGCAAUAUAUGUGCUGCAGGCACCCGCAUUGCUUUCUCCUCUGCUGCUGCUGCUGCUUGGAUACGACGCUCAGUUGCUGCUGCUGCAGCUGCCUGCUGCUGCAGCAGCUCUCUAUCGACGUGUUGCUGCUGAAGCAGCAAAGGUGCAGCAGCAGCUGCCGCCAUCUCUAUGGGCGGGACCCCUCUCAUCCACUGCUGCUGCAGCAACACACCAGCAGCAGCAGCAGCAGCAGCAGCAGCAGCAGCAGCAGCAGCAUGAGGGACACCUUAAACUUUGGACAAGGGGACUGUCUCUGGUUGCUGCGGGGUGUUUUGCUGCUGCUGCUGCAGCAGCGGAUCGUCCGUGGCCUGCUGCUGCUGCGCCAGCAACAGCAGCAGCAGCAGCAGCAGGAGAAACUGCUGCUGCUGCUGCAAGGAGACAGCAGGCAGCAGCAGAAGCAGCGAGCUGGUGCCGCCUGUUUCUCUUUGCGGGGAGGGCUGCACUGUCUCCUUUUGGGGGGGGGUGUCUCCUCAGCUCUGCCUUUGCCUCGCUGCUGCUGGGUCUCUUCUUCUGUCCCUCUGUCCCCUCUCCUCUUUCUCUGCCUCUUGUUAUGCGGCUGCCUGCGUCUUGUAGAGAAGCUGCUAUUUGCUGCGUAUCUGCUGCUGCUGCUGCUGCUGCUGCUGCAGCAGCAGCACCUGCAGCAGCAGCAGCAGCAGCAACAACGUCUACACAGGCAGGGGAUACAGAAGCAACAGCAGCAGCAGCAGAGACUUUGCUGCUGCUCAUCCCGCAUGUUAUUCGCUGCUGUCUCUUCCCCUUUGGUUUUAAUCGUGUAUACACCGUAACCUGGAGCAGCAGCAGCAGCAACAGCAACAGCAGCAGCAACAGCAGCAGCAGCAGCAGCAGAGGGGCUCCUGAGGGCUUCCCGAUCGGCUUGGAGGCGUACCCUGCAGCAAGUGGCAGCAGCCUGCGUGCUGCAGCGUCCCCCUCCUCUGCAGCAGCACCAGCAGCAGCAGCAGCAGGAGCAAGAGCAGCAGCAGCAGAAGGGUUUUGUAUAUAUUCUAGUUUAGCUUGUGCUGCACCUGCAUGCGACCCGGGGGAGGAGACAGAUGCCUGCUGGGGGCCCCCAGGUGUCUCCGGAGACAGCCGGCUGUGGGGGGCCACACACUUCGCCUUGCCGCUGCUCAGCUGUCUCCUGCCGCAGCAGCGAGCUGCUGCUGUCUCCAAACUGCAGCAGCAGCAGCAGCAGCAGCAGGAGCAGAUAGAGGCAGAGAACAAGAGGAAGAGACAGGAGACAGAAGAGACAGCUGCGGAGACACCCCACGGUGUCCCCUCUCUCUCUCUCCGGGUCUUAUUGAGUCUCCUCUUAGAGGCAGCAAAACCCUUCGCCCCCUCCUGCAGAAAAUACACUCUCACUGGGAUAGAGGCAGAGAACAAGAAGAAGAGACAGGAGACAGAAGAGACAGCUGAGGAGACACCCCACGGUGUCCCCUCUCUCUGUCUCCGGGUCUUAUUGAGUCUCCUUUUAGAGGCAGCAAAACCCUUCUCCCCCUCCUGCAGAAAAUACACUCUCACUGGGGCCCCCACACCUACAACCCAGCAGCAGCAGCAGCAGCAGCAGCAGCAGCAGCAGCAGCAGCGGUAUCAGCUGAGUUUCAAGGGCCCUCGCAGCAGCAGCAGCAGCAGCAGCAGCAGCAGCAGCAGCAGCGGUAUCAGCUGA